CGUUUGGCGUAUGGGAUAUCAAUCCAGUAAAACCUUAAUUUGCUGCUUUCAAAUAUUUCAUUCCAUUUCAUUCAUGGAGAUCGCUAAAGUAGUGAAAAUUCCACUUUCUUCAGUCCUUGUUCGGGGAAAACAAAUCCAGCACUCGAAGACGCCAUUAAUUCACGCUAGAAAUCUCAAUUUCAAAUCCAAAUCAAACGCACAACACAAUUCUGAGAUCUCCGGCGCCAAAUUCGACCAGCGAGGGACCUAUGAUCUCGAAAUUGAGGUGCCCACCAUGGCCGAGAUCGUGGAAUCAUCCAGAUUGCAGAAGCUCGAUCUUCAGCUUCAAAGAUUUGGGCCUUUUUUCAGGAUUACAGCGAAAAGCUUGGAAUCGGGGAGGGAAUUGGGGAGGGCGGAGGGCGUGAUUAGGUUUUGGUUUGGGGGCAAAAUUCUGCAUGUGGAUUCGAUGAAGCUUGAGAGGGAGACGAUUGGGAUGAACAAAUCGAUAUUUGGGAUCGGUUUGUUUCUUGGCGCUAUGGCGAUUAGGUUUGGCUAUGACUGUGGAUGUGCUAAAGCUGAGCUGCUUGCUAUCAAUGACACUCAUCUUUAUCAUUCCAAGCUUGUGAGAUUUUACACGAGAUUAGGGUUCAAACAAGUGUACGAGGUAGGAGGAGGAAGCCUAAGAGAUUUGAGUGACAUGUUAGUUUGGGGUGGUGUUGGAACUCGCAUGGAUGCCAAUCUUGAAGACCUAAUGAUCAAAUGGUGUUCAAGAUUCAAACCAAAGUAAUCAUUUUUCUAGGCUACAAAUUGUAUUAUAAAGAAUGAAACUCUCAGUUACAAACAAAUCACAUCUUAACUGAAAACUUGUUUUUUCAUCAUAACAAAACAUUAUCAGUAAAA